UAAAUCCCACAUUAAAAAUUAUAUACUUUCUAAUAAAAACGGCUGAAACUCGAAACCUGUAUACUGAAAAGUUUUAUAUUGAGAAUAAAAUACUAUCUAGCCAAGGCUGCAAAAAUUCAAAAUAUGUAAUUGAGGAAGAACGUACUCACUCCACCACAAUCCACCUCAAAGUUAAAUAUUCCCUACUAUUCAGUUUCACGAGUCGCCAAAUUCAACCAGUUUUACAAUUCAAGAAUGGUUGAAACUCAAAACCAGUCAUCUCCUUCUUGUGAUCCCCCAGAGCCACAGCCACAGCCACAGGCACAGCCUUUAAGUGACGAUCCGGUGGUUCCUCCAACACCAUCAGAUCCAACAACCCCACAUACUCAAACUGGGUUCAAUCCCAGUAGAAUGAUUGGUAUCAUCAGAAGGAAGGCCAUGAUAAAAGACUUAGCUGGUAUAUACCAUGCAGAGUGCCUUACAUAUUGUCGAGAACUUCUGGAACUUCAAAAAAAAGCGGAAGAGUCAUUAAUUGAAAUCAGAAUUGCAGAAGCUUCAAGGAGAGAGACAAUGAGACCCCCAAAACAUAUGAAGAAAGCCCGUUAGCACCUAAUGUAAGACAUGCUUGUGCUCUAUUCUCUGCGUUCUUGAAAGAUUCUCUCGCCCUUUUAACAUUAACAACCUGGAAAGUGUCAUUUCUGAUUCCAGAAAGCUACAAAUUUGUUAAAUCUAAUAGUUACAGCUCAUUACAGAAGUAAGACGAAUUGAAAUCUGUUAUUUCGCUUUUUGGGUAAAGAGAUGUUGAUGAAGCUGGGAUCAAUCAUAGAUGUCAUAGAAUCCUGUAAGCUGAGGAGGAUAUAGUUCUUUUUUUUUUCCCCAUCUGCUGUAGCUUGUAAAUGUGGUCUCAAGCAAGCUCUAUCUUGGUGCUGGUGUUUAUAUUUAACAAAAGAAGUUUGGUAAAUCUCAUCUUUCUUUUUCUCAAAUUGGAUCAACUAUCUUGAUCUGUCUAAAAAGUUCACGCUAUCUAUCAUCGAUGCAGAGAAUGCAUUGUUGGAUCUUUUGGUGAUUCAGUUAGAAGCCAUAGCUUAGUUCCUGAUCCUGCAAUGGACUCUAUGCAUGUACUACAUACCGUGCUAUGUGGAUGGAACUGCCAUGCAGAAUCAUCCUUUAAUCGUAUAGCUCAAAGUCACACAGCUACUCUAUUGUGGACAGUAGACUUUGAUGUUUGUACAGCUAUAUGAAGAAUGUAACCUUUGUUACUGUAUGAAUGAAAAAUUCGAAAAAUAACAUUAACUGGUAAUGUUUUGCUAUUAAACUUCUAUAGCAUAUAGAUUAUUUC